CCCAGGCCUGAACCCCGGCCAACACGUCCCAUGAGGCCACCACGAGAACUCUGUCUGUCUGCUCUGCAUGGGGUCUCCCACAUAUGAAUGGACAUGGAGGAUGAAGAUGGGACUUGUCUACUUGAUGUUUUGUGCGAUCCCCAGGCACUGAACGACUUCCUCCACGGGACUCAUGAGCUACAGGAUGAAGACCUGCUGCUCAGCUCCUCCUCUGGGGAGCCCUCCCUGCUCACCGACGCCCCGAGCCCUGUCUCUCUAUUGGCUGAGGACAGCACCUCCCAAGACACGCCCCCCCCUGGCUGUGUGGAUCUGUCCUUCCUGGAGGAGGCUCUGCUGGCGUCCCCGGAGCCAGACGCCUCCCCAGGGGCCGCUGGGGGGGCAGCCCAGGCAGGGCGUGCCGAGGACGAGGAGGUGGCCUGUGACAUCCUCCAGCAGAGUCUCCAGGAGGCUGACAUCACAGAGCAGACCAUGGCUCUGGAGGCGGGCCUGGAUCCCCCUGGGGAGGGCCCGUCUCUGUAUGCCCCCGGCCCCCUCGUCUCCCCUCCUGUCAUGCCCUUCCUCCCUAAAGUGGUGCCCUUCCCCCCCGCCCUGCCCAGGGACACCCAGGCAGCGGUGGAGCCCCCCCAGCCCUCCCUGCUGGCCGUGGGGCCGGGCUGCCCCUCUCUGAAGCCCACCGCUCCUCAGCUCAUGGGUCUCCUCCCUGGGAGCGUGUUCCCCGCCCCUCCCCCCGAACCCUCCUUCUCCCUGAGUCCUGUCCAGGACUCCAGCAUGCUCCUCCAGAAGGCCCUCCCCGGCUUGACAGGGCGCCCCCUCAUCGCCCCCAGCCUGAGGACCACCCCGGGCCCGGGAAUCCUGCUCCAGAGGGGUCCCCUCCCCAUCCAGCCCAAGCUGCCCAUCAGCAUCCAGCCCCGGCUGGUACAGAUCAGCCCCAAGCCUCCCGGGCACAAACCCUCCUCGGGUCUCACCUUUGUCCCUGGGACCACGUCUCCCAACAUCCUGCUGUCCCCUCCUCCGGGCCCCCAUCUCCCCUCGCAGCCCCCACCCGGCCCCCAGCCCCCCAAGCCUGUCAGCCUGCAGCUCCUCAAUCAGGGGGGCUCCUUCGUGCUGCAGCCCCAGGGCCUCUUUCAGGGCCAAGGCCAGUUCCUCCUCCCCAGCCAGGCCCCUGUCACCCUGUCCCAGCCUGUGGGGGCCCCUCGGUCCCUCCUCACACCUGGCCCCCAGGGCCCCCCCAUCCAGGGCGUGUCCUCCUCGGCAGGCCACCUGGUUGACGGCUCCCAGAUCCUGACCGUCCCCCAUCGCCACCUCAACUUCAGCCCCGUGUUCACCACGCCGUCCGGGCAGCUGACUCUGCGCCAGGGCGCCCUCCUCUCCGGCCCCUUGCAAAUCCAGCCGGCACCCCCUACAGUCUUCCAGAUGCCGGCGCAGCUAGCGUCUGCCUACGCCCCAACGGGGCCAAGCCAGCGUGCCACACUGGUCCACAGCCCCGCCCUGGGGAACCACAUCACCCUGAUCAACAGCUCCACCAUGCUGCCCCCAGACCUCGCGUCCAUCUCCAUCCUCAACGGUGGCCCCGUGGUGCAGGGGCUGCCCUUUGCCACCCCAGCCCGGAGGGGGGCGGUCACGGAGGCCCAGCUGAGCCUGCAGCAGGCGUCUGUGGUUCUGCUCCCGGAGAGGCCGCCGCUGGAGGGAAGGAGAGGAACAGACGAGCGGGAGCAGCAGCGGGGCCAGUCAAACAGACACGUUCUCCAACACGCCGCUCCGCAGUCUGUGGUCCCAGGUCUCCAGCCCCCCUCCCCCCCUGUGGUCACCCUGCUGCCAGCCCCCCAGGCCAGCCCCCCGGGCCCCGACCCCCCACCUGUGGCGGCCCCCCUGCCCGAACUCAUGCUGCCCCAGAGCGACAGGAAGCUGGAGGAGGUGCCCCUGGGGGCCCAGACCUUCAUCCAGAACAUUCUGCAGCAGAAGCAUCUGUGUCCCAGCCCAGCAGCGGAGGCAGUCAGGGCUGCUCUGCCCAUGGAGCCCGAGGAGCCUCACACCUCACCCGUGGCCAAUCCGACAGAGGACCCGCCCCCCACGCCUUCACUCAUUGGUGAGGCCUCCGGAGCCCUAUCUGUCCUGACCAACCAGGAGCUGACCGAGGGACUGUCUGCGCUGAGCCACCCCUGUGGGAUGACCUCUCCUCUGGGGUCUGAGAGCCAGGACCCAGCCGUGCUCUGCUCCCCCCUGGACCAGGCCCUGGACAUCACCCCGCCCCCCAGCAGGGCUUCUCCAGCUGCUGGGGGGGGCAGCUCAACUCCCCAGGCCCGACUGGCCGAGUACAGCAGCCCCCUCGCUCCGGCCCCCAGCGUCUCCGGGCCUCUGGGACAGUUGGACCCCCCCUAUAUGUCUGUGGAGGGGGGGCCCCCUGCUGUCCAGCAGCACACACAAAACACUGCUAUCUCGGACAUGGAGGGUAUAACCUUUAGUCUUGAAGUCCACCUGCCUUCCCCUCCACCCCAGCCCCCCAGACACCACCUCCACCAUCCCCUGGCCCAGGAUCUGCAGUCAGGGAUGAAGGUUCCAGGCCCUGCGGAGGAGAGGUGGGAGGAGAUACUAACACCAGCCAUGCGCAGACACAGGCUCCAGCAGCAGAUGUUCUUGGACCAGGAGGCGGUCCACAACCCCGCCCCUUGCAUGCCCUUCUCCAGUCUAGAGGAAGCAAUGAGAAACCUGCUCCCUUACCACACCUGUGCUGGGCUGGAGGCUGUACACACACACUUCAGCUCAGUGGACGAGCGGUUUGAUUCGGUGUCAGCGUUUCUCCUGAACCGCACCAAGGACAUGGUCAACAAGUACAGGCAGCUACUGGUGGGGGAAGCCCAGCAGGUGAGCCCAUCUGCAGAGAUGGUGAUGCUGGAGAGGCUGUUCCUCCAGGCGGAGCGCCUGGCGCUGGGAGAGGAGAGGAGGAGGGCCCGCAGAGACCCAGAGUCCUUUCUGAUGGACCUUUGUGCACCAUCGUCCGCUCCCCCUUGUGCCUACACCCCCUCUCCCCACGUCCCCUCUGACAGCCCCCCAUCCUCCCCUGCCUGGAUGCGCCUGUCCACCCGCCCGCCCGGCCUCCGGACCUACCGCUCCAGCACCAGGGGGGGUCUGAGGCUCACCAUCAAACAUGAGUCCGGCUCCAGGAAGGUUGUCCUCAACUCCGCUUGCGACCCCUCGCGACGCUCCGCCCCCUCCGGCCUCAAACGGAACCACGCCGGGCAGCUGACCAAUGGGAGCUUGAUCGUCAAGGAGCAGAGCCCUCACGGAACCAAUGGGACACCCUGUCCUCUGCCCAGGGCGGGGAUAUCCAACGGCGCCCCGCCUCCGAACGCUGCUGAGGAGGUUGGGCAUCCCGGACGGACGGAAGUGCGGACGGAAGUGCGGGGGCAAGCGGCGCCGCGAGUGACUCCCAACGCCCCUCCUCUGUCGGAGCGCCGCACCGCCUGUGGGGCUCCGCCCCCUCCAGACUCCAGCGGCCCUACCCUAAAGAGCUACAACCCCCUACCCCGCCAGCCCCUGCCCGAGCCCCACCCGGCCGAGCGCCUCCCCCCAGAGGACCACAUGCUCAGUGAACACCUGCAGAGUGCCAUCGACAGCAUCCUGGAGCUUCAGCGUCUACAGGGUCCUAGCGCCCCCACUCCCCGUAGCCAGCAAGCUCCCGCCCUGGACCAGGGGGUCACCAGCAUCCUGGAGGGACACCUGUAG